GGCGCCAUGGCGGUGAGAAACACAACAAAAGUAACGAGCACUUCUUAAAAACUUGUUUAUCGCUUGUUUUUCACGAAAUUUCAUUGAAACACAUCGCAAUUGUGGUCUAUUGAUGCACUAGUCCGAAUGCGACAUCACAACAAUGGCUUUGAAUCUGCCUAUAGACUCUUCACCUUUGGAUUCUAUGGGAACCAAAAGAAGAAGUUCAUCUCGAACGAUCAAACGCAAGAAAUUCGAUGACGAAUUAGUGGAAACCACCUUUAAUCUUCAACCAUCUACUGCAACACCGAAAUCCAAUCCAAGAUCACGUACAGUAUCGAGUUCAUCUGGGCCAUUAGAUGUUUUGCCCCAACCAGCUCUACCAAGUCCAGUGCCACCAGUACCCAUUUCACUGAUUCCUCAGCCAGAUCGUUCCAAUCGUAGACCUAGUAGACCCAGUGGUUCAAGCCACAGUAGCAGGAAGAACAAAAAACACAAACAUCAUCCCCAUUCAGUAAACUCUACAAAAGAUCUUGGUCGAUGGAAACCAACAGAUGAUUUGGCUCUUAUAACCGGUGUUCAGCAGACUAAUGAUUUAAGAAUGGUGCAUCGUGGAACAAAAUUUUCUUGUCGAUUUACUCUUCAAGAAAUUCAGCAAAGAUGGUAUGCUCUUUUGUAUGAUAGCGCAGUAUCUCGAGUGGCUGUACAGGCAAUGCGAAAUUUACAUCCAGAAUUGAUUGCAAGUGUUCAAGCUAGAACUCUGUACAGCAAAAAUGAAGAAGACUUACUUGGAACAAUAAAAUCUGGCUCACAUCCUUCUUUAGAAACUUUUCAGAAUUUAUUAGAAAUGAAUGCUCAAACAUUUUAUCCAGCUAGAACAGCAAAAGCCCUAAUGGCUCAUUGGCAACUAAUGAAACAGUAUCAUUUAAUUCCAGACCAAUCUAUUCAAACUUGCACUAGAACAGAAAGUAUUUUAAAUUUUUCUGAUGCUGAAGAAAUGAUCAAUGAUGCUGAAUUAAUUGAUCAAAAAGAUGAAGUUCUUGACAGUGAAUUACAAAUGAUGGACAGAAAAAAUAAAAAGGAAAUAAGAGUGUUGGAGAAUGAAUUAGGAAGAUGGCAAGUACUGGUGGACAAUGUCACAGGAAAUAUUCAGCCAGACUUUGAUAAUCAAACAUUAGCAGUACUUAGAGGAAGGCUGGUUAGAUAUCUUAUGAGAUCACGUGAGAUCACAGUCGGUCGUUCUACAAAAGAUCAUACUGUAGAUGUCGAUCUAGGUUUGGAAGGUCCAGCUUGGAAAAUAUCACGACGUCAAGGUACUAUACGUUUAAGAAACAAUGGUGAUUUCUUUUUGGCAUCUGAAGGCAAAAGGCCAAUAUUUGUUGACAGUCGACCAAUACUUGCUGGAAAUAAAAUGAAGCUUAACAAUAACAGUGUUAUCGAGAUUGCUGGAUUGAGAUUUAUUUUUUUGAUUAAUCAGGAACUAAUAUCAGUUAUAAGACAAGAAGCAGCCAAACUGAAUUUGAAUCCAUAAGUGAAUUUUUAGUUUUUAUCAGGCUAAUAACCAAUGUUGUAAAUACAUAAUUAAGUUUAUAGUUCCUUUAAUAACUUUUAAUCUACUAAACUUAGAAAGUGUCAAUUGAUGUAAAGAACAAAAUGGCUUUUAAUUUUCAAAUAUUGAUUUAUUCGUAAGUACUGUAAAUCUUUUAAUUUAAUGUAACACUUUAAUGAUGAAAAAAAAACCGUGAUUCAGUGGAAAAAAUUUCUUUGUUUAUUUUUCAUUAUUUUACUGAUUCUUAAUUAUCUCGAAUUGAAAUUAUAUGUAAAAAAACGUAGGGGAAGUUAUUCUUGUACAGUAGCGUAUUA